CUGAGAUCUCAGCGGGCAAAGACGAGGAAAUUGCAAGGAUGAUUUCUUCAGCUGCACCCAACGUCAUCUUGAGGGGAAAUAUAUCCGACCAGCUUGCCACCCUCCCCAGCAUUCGACACAUAGCGAUAUAAGACUCGAUCAGCCCCAAUCACCGAAGAACAAGAGCUGACUCGACACUCAUCUCCUCCUUUGCCUCUCAUCCUCCCAGCAAGAUGGCUUCCACAACCUCCAUGGACUUCCACCUCGCCGACGGCCGAGCCUACUCCCUCGGCCGCAGCAACGCAGCCGCCUCUCGUCUGAACUACCAAUUUUACCUGUGGAAAGAAUCCUUCGGCUUCAAUCUCCACCCCACCAUCGCCGCGUCGCUUCCCGCCCCCAACCCAUGCAUCGCGGACAUAGCCUCCGGAACAGCCAUCUGGCUCCUCGAUCUCGCCCCGGAGCUCCCCAACGCCACCUUCGAAGGCCUCGACAUGAGCAUGGCAGUGGCCCCGCCGCCCGAAUGGCUCCCUAACAACAUCACCCUCCGUCAAUGGAACCUGAACGAUAAUAUCCCCGCCGACCUCGUCGAGAAGUUCGACGUGAUCCACCUCCGCUUGCUGGUUCUGGUGGUCGAAAACAGCGAUCCAACCCCAAUCAUCCGCAAGGUGUCCCGCAUGCUCAAGCCGGGCGGCUGGAUCCAGUGGGACGACUACAACUAUCAAGGCACACACGUGGUCAAGGUCAACCCAGCCCAAAAGACACCGGCUCUGGAGCAGCUCUGCGCAUUUUUAUUCUCAGGCGGCCGGCAGGACUGGGUGGUGGAGCUUCCCCGCAUUUUUGAGAAGGAAGGGUUUGAGAAGGCCCAGAUAUUUCACUAUCGGCCACGACGAGAGAUGGCGAGGGCCAAUGGGGAGUUGCAUCUCUCCACGAUCGAGGAGUUUGCGGCAAGGUUGCUCGAGGAUGGGAAAGUGGAGGCAGGGAAUGAGCUGAUGGGGCUGGUGCGGCAAGGGCUCGUGGAGGCCGGGGCCGGGGCGGCCAUGUCGACGCCUAGAGCUGUUAGCAUUGGACGGAAGAAGGGUCCGAACGGGGUGAAGUUGUAGACUACCUUAAUGUUGCAGCGGUUGAGGAAUGUAGUGGCGUGCAGUGUUUGGGCAUAGUGGGCAGAAGACACUUUCAACCGAAUCGUAGUUCCAGGUAAUAAAU